AUGGACUCUCUUUACAUCUACGGAUAUGCAUCAGUGGUGCUCCUCGUUGCCGUGGGCUAUCUCGCUACAAUUCGCCUGAGGAUUGGAACCCGGCCCAAGGGUCUCCCUCCCGGCCCGGCCACGGAGCUGAUAUGGGGAAACCUCAAGCAGGUGAACAUGCUGUUCCCGCAGUAUCAAUAUACCAAAUGGGCCAAGACGUACGGGCGGGUGUAUACCGUCAUGCUAGGCGAUACGGCCCAUGUGGUCGUGAGCGGUCUCCAGGAGGUCCGCGACAUUUUCAUCAAACAGGGCGCCAACUCCCAGGCCCGCCCGCCGUCUCGCUUUCAGUUGCUCAUGCGCGACGGCUACUUUCCCGGGCUGAUGAACGGGGAAAAGUGGCGCCACGCGCGGAAAAUGUGGCAGACGGUCCUCAACGGCAGCGCCGCCAAGCAGUAUCUGCCGUAUCAGGAGCUGGAGACUCAGCAACUGCUAUUCGAUCUCCUCCAGGCGCCGAACGAAUGGCGAGAUCACAUCGAGCGGUACAGUAAUAGUGUGGCCAUGACCAUGGUGAACGGCCGGCGAAUCGUCAGCUCAGCGGAUGCUCGGGUCAAGGAGACCAUCCAGGAUCUAUACGAUUUGUCCGAGACCGGGGUCCGCGGUGCGUUUCUGGACUCUUGGCCAUUCCUGUGGAAGAUUCCCCAGUGGUUCCUUCCUGUAUGUAAACAGGCGCGCGAAAUUGCCGCCAAGCAUCGCGAUCUCAUAUGGCGCAACUACUCGGAUGUCCAGGAUCGCACGGUCAAGGGCGCUGCCCUUCCCUCUUUCAACAACGCAAUUCAGGAGAAAUUGAAGCAAGGGUGGCCCGGAGUAUCGGAAAUUGAAGGCGCGGAAAUCGGCCAUCAUCUGCUGACAGGAACCACCGAUACGACUGCGUCCAGUCUAGUCAACUGGGUUGCUGCGAUGUGUCUCAACCCAGAGGCGCAAAAGAAAGCUCAGGAAGAGAUCGACAGGGUUGUUGGUCCUGAUCGUCUGCCCACGGACGAUGACGCAGCGAGGUUGCCAUACACCCAACAGGUCAUCCAAGAGAGCCAACGUUGGAUCACUGCCGUUCCGCUCUCACUCCCCCGCGCCGCCAACGGACCGGUUCGCUGGAACGGCUACGAGAUUGCGGAGGAGACGGGCCUGAUCAUGAACUCGUACGCGAUCCACAAUGACCCGUCGCUCUUCCCGGAACCACAAGAGUUUCGUCCAGAACGCUGGGAAGGAAAGCCCAACGCCAGCUACAACGGCGACGGGCAGCUCUUGUUCACAUUUGGCGCCGGCCGUCGGAUCUGUCCAGGGCAGCAUCUGGCAGAGCGGAGCCUGUUCCUGGUGAUCUCGCAUUGGCUGUGGGGCUUCAACACGAUGCAAGCGACCGAUGAGCAGGGGAAGAGACUACCCAUCGACAAGGAUGACCUGCGGCCGGGAUUUAUUGUUUGCCUAAACCCAUUCUCGGCACAUAUUGCACCUCGAAGCCCAAAGCAUGCCCAGCUGAUUCGGAAGACAUGGACGGAGGAACUGGAAGUGUCCCUCGACCAGGACCAGCAGUGGAAGGCAACCCCUGAGGGUAUUGCCAGAUUGAUCGACAGGGCAGGAAAAUGA